GCCUGCCUGCCACGUGUGGUGCUGCUUCGGUGAAUGAGAGCUCAGCAACUACUAUUUGCAAGAGGAGCUACGAUUUGCAGGAGUCGAAGAUAUCAGCAAGUCUAAGUAUGACGUACCAGUACAGCCGAACUUGAAGAUAUUCCCAACCACACUGAUGGGGGACAGAAGACGAAGCAAAAGAAGACAAACACACACUCAUGCAGAAGACAAAGAACACACUAAACAAGUACAAGAAAAUCAGGCAUACAUUAAAACAGUUGGGGAAGUGCUGUUGCUUACAGCUACACAAAACAUAGCACAAAGAGGACAUGAUGAAUCUGAAGGGUCCACUAACAAAGGAAACUUUAGGGAAAUUCUUAACACAGUUGCUAACCACGACCAACUUGUUAAGAGAAGAUUAACUUCCAUUCACAAUGCAAAGUACACAAGCAAGAUCAUCCAGAAUGAGGUUUUGGGUUGUUUGGCAGAAAUGGUUCGGUCUGAAAUCAUAGAAGAAGUGAAGAAAAGUGAGGUUUUUAGCGUCAUGGCAGAUGAAACAAAGGAUAUUUCAAAAAAAGAACAGAUGUCCUUCACACUCAGGUACUUACAAUGGGGCCAUUAAGGAGAGUUUUCUCCAUUUUGAAUCUGCAGAGAGGUUAGAUGCAGCAGGGCUUACUGGAAAAAUAGUACACUUACUGGAACGUUAUGGCCUGGACUACAAAAAUAACCUCGUAGGCCAAGCGUACGAUGGCGCUGCCGUUAUGAGCGGUAAGCAUUCAGGGGUUCAGGCAAGGAUCAAAGAACAGGCUAAAUUUGCCUUCUACGUCCAUUGUAGUGCUCAUUGUCUGAAUUUAGUGUUAGUUGAUGUAGUCAAAAGUGUCCCAGAAACGGAGGAGUUUUUUUCUUUGUUACAGAGUCUUUAUAUGUUUACUUCUUCCUCAUAUGUGCACCCAAAAUGGCUGUCUCUCCAAAGAGAAAUGUAUGGCAGAACCAGAGAGCUGCAACGUUUAAGCGACACACGUUGGUCAUGCCGAUUUCUAGCCCUACGUAAUAUCAUGGACACUCUACCUGCCCUUAAACGACUACUGCAAGAGAUUGCUCAAGAACGUCAUGGUGAAAGAACUGUUGAGGCCCGAGGUCUUCUUUCUCAAAUUGACCUAGAAUUUGUUGUGCAUCUUGUUACUCUGCGUAAGUUGUUUGGGGAGACAAAGCUAUUGUCUGACAUGUUACAGUCACAAACUGUUGAUCUGUCAAGUGCUGUUGACUUAGUAAAUGCUUUAGUCCUGACAUUGAAAGACCACAGGCAGGAGUCUUUCUUUGAUGAGUUGUGGGAUGAAGCAUUGAAUAUUUGUGAGCAGUGUGAUUCUGCAACAAGGUCAGUGGCGAAACGUCAGAAAAUGCUGAGCUCUAGACUCAGUGGCUACUGCACGCUAAGCACUGUUGGUCAGAGGGAGGUAGAACGUGACAAAGAUAUGUUUCUCACAUCAUUUUUCUAUCCUGUAAUUGACAGCAUGCUCAAUGAGUUGAACAGACGUUUCUCCAAUACAAACUGUGAGCUCAUGAGAAGCAUACAGUCUCUCAGUCCCCAGAGUGAUACCUUUUUAAAGGAGAGCAAUGUUUUUUCAUUUGGCCGUUUGUAUAAUGCAGACAUUGAUGAUUUAGGGCAUGAGCUCCAUCAAUUUAAGAGAGUUUUGGACAGAAAAAUACAGAGUGGUGAAGUCAAAAAGCCAUGCAGUACAGUUGAGCUGGUUUGUUUUAUUGAGCCAUACAGGGAAGUUUUCUUUGAGCUCUUUAGACUGUGCAAGAUUGCUGUAACCCUUCCUGUAAGCUCAGCCUCUUGCGAACGCAGUUUCUCCACACUGAAACUGAUAAAAACCUUCCUGCGGUCCACCACUAGUGAUGAGAGACUCAGUGAUCUUGGUGUCCUGAGCAUAGAGUCCAGAAGGGCCAAGGCUCUGGAUCUUGAUGUAUUUGUGGACCGUUUUGCCAGACAGCACAACCGCCGUAUCCUGUUGCUGUAGUGUAUCUAUAUGAUAUAUACGCUAGUAGCGUAUGAGUGCCGCUGUGAGGAAAAAGAGAUAUAAUGAACAAUAAAACAACAAGCUUGAGCUUCUUAAGACACGGUGGGUUUAUCUGUUGUCAAUACCACCG